CAUCGGCCCUUUGCCCCGCCCGAAAAAAAAUCUGUGGCCCGAGUCCGACCACACCCUUGCCGUCAACUGGAUAAACCUCUCCCCACACCACCGUACCGCCGCCGGCAAUCUCACCGAUGGCGCAUUCAUGCGUCUCCUCUUCCCUUAAUAUAACCUCAUCCUCACUUUCUAUCUAUUCCCCCAACCCUAGCUCCUCGCAUUCUUCAUCCUCCAAGAAGUUCUCUCUCCCACUCCAAACCCCCCGUUCACGGCAUGAAAUUUCCAGAAAAAGUAAUAAAUCGAACUUCAAGUGCUCUUCCGUGAGGGCUGUACACGCGCCGGAUUUUUCUGCGCCGGAAAGGAGCUCGCGAAGUGGUAUUUGGUCGAUUAGGGAUGGUUUGCAAAUUCCAUCAUCGCCAUACUUUCCAGUUAAUGCACGGGGGCCAAGGGGACCAUCACCCAUGGUGCAAGAGCGUUUUAUGAGUGUCAUCAGCCAGCUUUUAAAAUACAGGAUAAUACGAUGUGGUGGGGAAGUGAAUGACGACAUGGCAAACACAAUUGUAGCUCAGUUGCUCUGCCUUGAUGCUGCAGAUCCUACGAAGGAUAUAGUCAUGUAUAUUAACUCUCCUGGUGGAUCAGUUACAGCUGGUUAUGCAAUCUUUGACACCAUGAGGCAUAUUAGGCCCGAUAUCUCAACCGUAUGUGUUGGACUAGCUGCUAGUAUGGGAGCCUUUCUAUUGGGUGCUGGUGCUAAAGGUAAAAGAUAUAGCCUACCGAAUUCGAGAAUAAUGAUUCAUCAGCCUCUUGGCGGAGCACAAGGUUCGUCGACUGACAUUGAUGUUCAGGCAGAUGAAAUGAUGUAUCACAAAGCUAAUUUAACUGGCUAUUUGGCCCAAUUCACUGGCCAUAGCUUGAUGAAGUUAUACGACGACACUAAUUAUGAUUAUUUCAUGAGUGCUAAAGAAGCCAAAGAGUACGGGCUCAUAGAUGGUAUCAUCUUAAACCCUCUUAAAGCCCUACAACCACUUGCAGCUGCAGGACACAACAGUAAUAAUGAUUCGAGUGAUCAUAACUCAUAUGAUUUGGUCAUCUUGUAUGCAAAAGGUUUCAGCUUUGUUGAAAUUAAGUUUCAUGGGGAACUGGGAAGUGAUGCCGUGGCAAACUUGGGUGUUAAACUUACACAGCUGAAAAGGCAGAUACACUCAGAAAGAGUUGUUUCAGUUGGAGAAAAACUUGAGAAAAAUAGAAAGAAGGCUGAAGCUUAUAUUUCUCACCUCAAAGAAUUGGCUGCCUCACGGGCUGAUUGUGCUCUCCCAGGGAGCAAUAGUAAUUCAGGCAAUUUCCUUUCCUUGGGAAUGAACGAUCCUCUCUGCAAAGUUCAGGGGCGUAUGCAAGGGCAUGUGGAUAGAGAUGAUGCUGAUAGCGAAGAAGUUUUGUUCCCUAUGACUGCCAGACUUCCACUUGUUGAGAGAAUACCUCCCUAUACCACUUGGAUCUUCUUAGAUAGAAAUCAGAGAAUGGCUGAUGAUCAAUCAGUUGUGGGGCGUAGACGAAUUUACUAUGAUCCACAUGGUAGUGAGGCUCUCAUCUGUAGUGACAGCGAAGAAGAGAUCGUACAAGUGGAGAAGGAGAAAUAUGAUUUUUCUGAGGGCGAAGAUCGUGUGAUGAGGGUGGCUGUCCAGGAGUGUGGGGUUGCUAAUGAAGUUUUUGAUAUGUUGACGCAGUUUGUUGGAGGAACAUCUCAGGAAAUUAAAGAUCACUGCAACAUGCUCAUGGAAAAUGAUCCACCUAUAGAAAAAAUGACCUCUGAAAGUUCGAGGGAGACGGGAUUUGUAGACAGUCUGUUACUGGAAAAAAGCCUGGCUGCUGCUUUAGAUUCUUUUGACAAUAUAUUUUGUCGACGUUGUCUGGUAUUUGACUGCCAUUUGCAUGGUUGUUUUCAAGAUGUAAUUAACCCGAAUGAAAAGCAGCCAUUCACAUUUGAUCACGACGAUGACCGUAAACCCUGUGGUGAUCAAUGCUAUCUUCAGAUGCAUGCUGUGAAGAAUUUGCCGAAGAAUUCACGAGUAGAUUCCCUGAACGAGCAUAAAACAUCUGAGGAGAAAGCACAUUUUCCAGAAAGCAAAGGAAGGUCCUCAAUACUUCAACCUACAGAUUCGUUAGCUGCACCAACAGAAUUGGUUUUGGAGGAAUUCCAAAGUUCAUCCAAUAAGAAACUUGAGCUGAAUGACACGAAUCUUUUGGACAAUAGUACAAGUUUAGAGCGCCAGUUCUCUGGAAAAAGUGGACCCAUUGUAUAUGAACUCGAGAGGGACGAUGUCCAAGAUAAAGGGAAAGAUAUCACUGAACUCCCAUUGAAGCAGGCAUCCAAUUCCAUUGAAAGAUCAGUUAAAGUUAUGCAUAGAUGGAAACCUUUUGAAAAAGACUUAUACUUGAAAGGAUUAGAGAUAUUUGGAAGAAAUAGCUGCUAUAUAGCUAGGAAUUUGCUCGCGGGUCUUAAAACUUGCAAGGAAGUGUCGACUUAUAUGUAUGGUGAUGGAGCUGUGAUGUCUCGUGGAUCCUCAGCUAUGUGCUUUGAAGAUGUUUGGAAAGCCGACAUGGAUCAUAUGAUAUAUGAAGAGUUAAAUUUUCCAGUCAAGUCGAGGAUGUGCCGUAAAAGGGGUAGAGUGCGGAAGGUAAAAUCUUCGUGGAAGUCUGCUGGGCAUCCAUCCCUGUGGAAAAGGACUGCAGAUGGUAAAGAUCUUCCGUGUGCUCAAAGAGCUGUAAGAAUCGGUUCAGAGGAUGCCACUGUGCUAAAAGCCAUUGCAAAAGCCGGCAAUGCCCUUGUUUUGCAGCUGGCCGUGAAUGUGAUCCUGAUGUUUGUCGAAAUUGUUGGCUGUGGCGAUGGAUCAUUAGGAGAACCACCAAGAAGAGGAGAUAGUCAGUGUAGUAACAUGAAGCUCCUCCUCAGACAACAGCAAAGGAUCCUCUUGGCGAAGUCAGAUGUUGCUGGUUGGGGAGCAUUUCUUAAGAACACUGUCAACAAAAAUGAGUACCUUGGAGAAUAUACUGGUGAAUUAAUCUCCCACCGAGAAGCCGAUAAACGGGGUAAAAUCUACGAUCGUGCUAAUUCAUCAUUCCUCUUUGACUUGAAUGACAAGGCAAAAGAUAUUCUCAAAAUAUUUUCGGGUUGGUUUCAGUAUGUACUCGAUGCAUGCCGCAAGGGAGACAAGUUGAAAUUCGCAAACCACUCAUCAACUCCAAACUGUUACGCAAAAGUUAUGUUGGUGGCUGGUGAUCACCGUGUCGGAAUAUAUGCCAACGAGCGUAUUGAAGCUGGUGAGGAGCUUUUCUAUGACUAUCGUUAUGGGCCCGACCAAGCGCCCUCAUGGGCCCGAAAGCCCGAGGGCCCAAAGAGAGACGAUAUCAGCUUUUCUCAAGGCCGAGCAAAAAAACACCAAUCGGGUUGAGACUUUGAGAGUUACCAUUAUCUUGAUGGCUGUUACUCUUUAUUGUUACAAGUAAUUAUAGGAAUAGUCUUUUAGACAGCAUAAAGUUAGAUGAAAUGAACUACAUAUUCUUAUAUAGCUUCUUGUUGUGUUUUGUAUUUUCUAGUUUUGUACUCACUCAAUAAGACUGGCCAACAAUUGUGUCAAGAUAUUUCUACAAAAAGUAAAUAAAAAUGGAUUCAAGACA